AUGGACUUCUCUCUGGGCCUACGCUUGGGGCCUCGGAACAAGAAAGCUGCCCACCAAGAGCCCCCUACACCCUCUGGGCAUGGCCCACCAGGUGCCCCUCCUUGUCUGCCCUGUCCGCCUUCUGCCUGCGCCUGCCCCUGCCCUGGCUGUCCCCCUCCCACCUGUUCCUGCACUGUCUGUCCCUCUUACACAGCUGCCUGCCCUUCCUGUCCCAGCCUCCCUGGCCCACCUUGCACCUGCUCUUGCCCUCCCUGCCCUGCUUGUCCUCCCUUGACUUGUCCCCAAACCUCCUGUGUCCCAUGCUCCGGUCCAUCCAUGACCUGCUGCCAUCCCUCAUCUUGCCCCAUUUACCCUUGCUCCAGGGGCCGAGCUGCCUGUUCGAGCUCCCGCUUUGGCUGUAGUGAUAGCUGCAGCUAUGGCCGAGGGGCUGCCUGGGGGCCUCCAGGCUCCGUUGGCUGUUGCAGGUGCCACUUCAGGAGACAACGCACUUCUCAGUGGCGCUGUCUGAUAGUCUAG